AUGCCGCUUCGCAACAACAGCAGCAGCAGACACAAGCGCAUACUCGAUCCCAGCAACAAGCUCAAGCCGCCCUUCAAGCUCAUGCGCAACACUCUCAACAAGCCAUGCCGCCAAACUGGUAUCCCAACAUGGCUGCCCAACCCACGCCGGACAUGA